AUGGACAUUCCGAAUAUUGCCUUCGAAGGGAUUCGCGAAUGGGCAAGCAGCGACAGCCCACCUGGCCCCAGAAACGUCAGCUUUGCCCACCUCAAGGUCUCCCGUCACUGCAUGUCCGAUAAGAACGUCUGGCAAGUCAUCAUCGCCGGCCUCUGGGAUGCGGAAUGGGGCGUCUGUGUCGGGUCGUCCUUGGAUGCUGGCACCGCCUAUCUUGCUCAUGCCCAACUCGCAGAUGAUCAUCAGGGUGACGAGGGUCCUAUUUUCGAGUUCCUAUGCUAUUACGGAUGGCGGGAAUCGCUUGAAGACUACCGAGUAGCCGAUGGCGCUGGGCUUAAGUGUUGGAAUAUGGAUAUGGCGCCUACUGACUCUCUUUGCGUCGCCUUCGUCAUCGAUCCCCAAAUGUCAGCAGAAUGUGCUUUAGGUUUGAUCGCAACCGUCCAUUGGGCAGCCGAUGUGUCGCCCCAAUACAUGAUCCGGGUCCUGACCAUCUCUCCUGAGGAUGCGCCAAGAGCUCUACGGAAGCUACUGUAUGCCUACGGCUUGGACAGUCCCUACCCCAUCUCGCUUAACCCCCCCGACAGCGUUGCCUCGAAGCGAAGAGAAGUUCAGAAGAUCAUCCAAGCCAGCCAGAAGGAUUUUGUCCAGGAACUUCAGAAAGAAUCCCGAGGCGACCUUACGAGACAGGCAGUUAUCUCUUGGCACAAUCUCCCACACUUCGAUCUCGACGAAGACCGCCAUAUUUCCCGCAUAGCAGAGCGAGACGUAUACGAGCAAGACCGCGUCUUUCUGGUGACAAAUCUCACAAUGAUGAGUCAAGGGGAUGUGGAAGACCGGUUCUCUGGCCUCAUCAACGAUUACCGGAACUCUGCCACAGCAAGGCUGGACGGCUGCGUCAUUCGUUUCGUCCCUCACACGUCCCGGCCCCCCUUUCCUCUAGAUGGGUUCGACAACUUGCACAUUUUCCUCAGCUCCCACCGAGAGCAAGUCAUUCACGACGCCGUCACAGGUCAACUCACACGCGUCAACCUACCCGUUUGUCAGGAGGAACGCUUACAGCAAGUGGCCUGGGCCUUCCGCACUCGCAAUGUCCCUGCUAGCAUCGCCAUCUACACUGAGGCUUCCAGCCUGGACGAGUUCGUCUCGUCAGGAAGUCAUUAUCGUCGUCUCAAAGUUUGCAAUGAGCAGGCUGGUGGUUUCGUCGCUGGGGUGGUCCUGGGCUUUGCCCACUGGGGCUUGGACGGGCCAAGUAUCAUCUCCUGUUUCUUCGAAUCGAACCUUGAAAGGUCAGCACACAUCAACAGAUGGAGUCAUCUCCAUAUACAGGGCAUACUUGGUGAUAAGGGGACAUCAGUCGGCUUGGUCGGCAAGCACUCAGUCAUCUUUAACCAGGUCCUGCAGGUCCUUGGCUUCGACCAUCGCCUCGCGCUCCUCGUCGCGCUACCUUCCGAGAGCGCCGUUGUCCGUCAAGUCAAGGUGCAACUCGCAGCUCUGUUAUCAGCAGGGAUUAAACGACUGUUCAUUUUCCAUGAUGACGUUUUGGAAAAGGAUCUCGUCUCGCAUUGUCAAGGCUGGAGCAAACCACUUGCUCGUACAGGAUCUUUGUGGUUAGCCCUUGGGCUCUGGAAAGGACUCGCCACGGCAUACGAUGACUUUUCGACGCCCCGAACUUUGCGAGAGGCAGAAGAUGGCAUGUUAACGCUUGUCGACAGCGGGGUUUCCUUUAAUCUCGUCACAUGCCAGCAGAUCAACAAGACCAUAACGACACUAUGCAACCUCAUCAUGGAACAAGAGAUCCCCAUGCUACCAGUCAGAAGUUUUAGAGAGGUCCAAGAACUGCGUCCUGUGGAAGUCCUUGAGCUACAGAAGCAUCUACUACACGCCUAUAUCUUCCAACUCACCCAGCAGUUUGAUGGCCUAAAUGGUCCCAUGUUUGUUGACCUGUCAACACGGGUGAAUAUCGAUCAGGAAUUCGGAAUCCCUCAUUGGACAAAGUCAACACUGGACUUUGAUCGCAUCAAGAAGUCCGAUUUAACAGGCAGAGGUUCGAUCUUCGGAAUCUACCAUGGCAUGGAACGGUCAGAGGGUUCGGGUCAGGUUCGCCUCUCUGACUGGACAUGGAUUUCAACUUCCGUGGUUGCUGAUUAG